CCUGGGGUCUAUCUGGCGAUUGCCGUAGUCUUCCAGCAGAAGAACCACCUGGCUGGACAGUCGCUCACGCGAAGGUCGACCCGUCAUCUACCAAAAAACGACGUGUUCCGGAGGUAUUUUCUUAAGUUCCGUUCCGGAUCCAAGUGUUGUCUAAAUUUUCCAGUGAAACAAAACGACAAAUAAACCAAAACAGAUGGAGAUGUCAAUGUAUCUCCUAUUCUGUGGAAUUUUGCUCCUGCCCGUCAGUCAGCAACUGAGCAACGAGCAAAUAAUUAACCGACAACCAGAUAUUAUUACGUUCAAUCAGAGAUCAGCACCUGUCAUCGUACCUUUCACAUUUCCCAGUCAAUCAACUGGCUCGUCUUUUAAUUUACCACCCGUGCCAUUACCACCAUUCCCACAACCACCACCACAAAAUCAACAACAGUUUAAUCAAUUACAUUUCGCUCCCGCGAUUCCGUUGCCGGCAGCGGUCAACCCUGACGAACUGGUAGGAACCAGAGGAUCCACACCGAAGAAUCACAGCACCAGUCAACAGAUCCAACAGCAGAACCAUCACAAUAAUGGCUUCAGCAUUCCGACGGCUAUGCUUUCACUAGCUCUCGACAUGGGCAGAUGCAAAGGCAACGCAGAAAAUGAUUGCGCCACCAACACUGUUUUCUCACCGCUCAGCAUCGCCUCCACCCUUACCAUGCUUCUUAUGGGUUCGAGUGGUAACAGCUACAUCCAACUUCGGUCGGCGCUUGGCUAUCAUAAUGAUGCCAACGAUGUCGACAUCAAUGGAGCCUAUAAAUUCCUGAUGGAGCGGGUCAAACGAAUGGAUGUCGAGGCUGGAUCCUCCAUCUUGUUGAGUAUUGCCAACGGUCUCUUCAGUCAGAAGCAAUCACGAUUCACCGACGACUAUAUCAAUAAAGCCAAGGAAUAUUACCAAAGCGAAGUGAGCGAAUUGGACAUCAUCCGCAAUCCUUACGGUUCCGCCAAUGUCAUCAACCGUUGGGUAUCGGACAAGACGAAAGGCAAAAUCACCAACAUUUUGUCCAGCUUGCCGCCAGACACGCAACUGGUCAUUGCCAAUGCCGUCUAUUUCAAUGCCAACUGGGCCGAUCCUUUCACUCCGGAGGUGACUCGCAGAGAAGAUUUCCACGUCUCCUCAUCAGAGAUCCUGACCCCGUUGACUAUGCACACUCACUCUAUGGUGGCCUAUAUUGAAAACGAAGAACUCGGAUGCAAGAUGAUCGGCAUGCCCUACAAGGGAGAAGAACUUGGCAUGUUCAUCCUGUUACCUACAGAAAAACAAGGAUUGGCUUCUUUGAGUCGAUUGGAAGAUAAGUUAACGGUCGAGAAACUAGAACACAUGUUUUCCCGCAUGGAAGCUAAAACAGUGGCAAUCAGUUUACCCAAGUUCCGUAUCCAACAGAAACUCCAACUCAAGAACGUACUGAGAGGGCUGGGGGUGACGGAUCUGUUUUCGCCCAGCUCGGCCGAUUUGAGUCGCAUGACGAGUAAGACCGGAGUGGCGCUGGAUAGCAUUAUCCAUCAGACGUUCAUCGAAGUGACCGAGAGUGGAACAGAAGCCGCUGCGGCGACCGUACUGAAUUUAAGUCGAGACGGUCCGUCCAAGACGUUCGCCGCCAACCAGCCGUUCCUGUUCAUCAUUCGCGAUAUUCCUUCCAAGGCAGUUCUCUUUUUCGGUCGCGUCGUCCGGCCCGGCGAUGCAACCCGCACAUAAAAAAUAAACUGCAUAAUAAUAAGAUUAACAAUAACCUAUCGUAACUGGGAACAAAAAAAAGUAACCCCGUCUGGAAAUUAAAAUUUUUCGACCAUUUAACGAUCAAGUGUAGCACUUUAACGUGACGAUUGAAUACAAAUCCAUGGAUUUUA